AUGCUACAAAAUGAGAACCAGAUAAAAGAAAUCUAUGCCUUUUGCGCAGAUGAAGGUAUCGCCUGUCAUUUCAUACCACGAAAGGCGCCGCAUUUUGGCGGUUUAUGGGAAGCGGCUGUAAAAGUCGCUAAGAAGCACCUUUUCCGUCAAUUGGGUGGUAGAAAAGUUUCGUUCGAAGACAUGACGACCAUCCUCGCACAAAUAGAAGCCCAGAUGAACCCCAGACUGCUGCUUCCAAUAUCCGAAGACCCCAACGACUUGGCCGCGCUCACUCCAGCGCAUUUCCUCAUUGGCACGACGAUGAAUGCCCUGCCCGACCCAGACCUUCGUCACAUUCCAUCGAACCGGCUUGACCACUAUCAGCAGCUCCAGCUUCACACGCAAAUAUAUUGGUACCACUGGCGACGUGAGUACUUACAGGAGCUUCAGAGGGACACGGUUCGUUCCAUCCGCAACGACGAAGUCACACCAGGCAGGAUGGUCAUCGUAAUCGACGAAAUGCAGCCUCCCAUUCGCUGGCCACUCGCCCGUAUCGUGGAGUUACAUCCUGGAGAAGACAACAUCACUCGAGUAGUCUCGUUACGCACUACGAGAGGAAUCAUCACACGUCCGAUAACAAAAAUAUGUUUGCUGCCUUGCUCCACCGCUUCGUCCGAACCCAAACCAUCCAUCGUGAGUCCCGCGGCACUGGAAGACGUCGAGCAGCAUUAA